AUGACUACUGCAGUCCUGUCACGUAGUAUCUUCAUACUGACUCUGGUCGGUCUCUGGCAACCCAUCGAUUGGCGCGGCUGGAAGUCUCUCCUCUACAAUUUAUACACUUACUUUGUUGCAUUUGCUAAUUUUGCUUUUAUACUAACUGAGUUGGUAGAUAUAGUAACAAACAGCAGUUCAGUCAACGAUUUAACAAACGGCUUGACCAGGACGGUGGGUCAGCUUGGUGCAUUCGGAAAAGUCAUUGGGAUGAUGUUGAACCGGAAGAUGAUUUUACAAGGAAUUAAACUUUUGGAAUUAAAACCAUUCAAGCUUGAGGAUCAGAAUGAAAACAAUGUUCUGAAGAAAUACAUCAGCAUCUCCAAUUAUUUAACAUAUUUUUACACAGUAGCCUUCACAUUCGGCGGCUCGGGAGCUGUGUCAGCUCAAUUAUCAAUAAUGGAAUAUCCCGACGUCUUGCCUUACAGGGCAUGGUUUCCGUACAAUUAUUCACAACCGAUUUAUUUCCAGACAACUGCAGCCUUUCAGAUAUAUACCUUCUUUCUCGGCGCGUAUGUACAUGCUUCUUUCGACGCUCUGUACUUUGGAAUGAUGUUUUGCGUAAUUAUUCAAAUAAACGUGCUAGAACAUCGGCUUGAAAAGGUAAUGUCUAAUAUGAAGAAAUUACUAACAAACAAUAUCGAUUUAAACGCAAAUGAAGUCAAUCAUGCAUGUGUUAUGCUUAUUGAAGAAUGGGUCAAUCAUCACAACGACGUUUUAAGAUAUUCUCAAAGUAUGUAUGAACUAUUUUCCGGACCAAUAUUUCUUCAAUAUUGCUUGAGUUCAACCCAAAUUUGCAUUACUGUCUACAUCAUGUCCAACGUGCCCCUGUUCUCCGGUAUAUUUGUGAGCGAAAUGCCAUUUUUAAUGGGAACGACAACACAAAUAUUCACCCUCUGCAUGAUAGCUCACCUAGUUACUCUAAAAUUUGAAGAUCUCAAUUACUCUGUGUACAGUACCGAUUGGUUUAAUCUCAACACUAAGCUCCAAAAAUCUAUUUGCGUUAUUAUUUCUCAAACAUUAAAGCCUGUUGUAUUUACUUCGGGAUAUUUUGUAACUUUGUCACUUGAAUCAUUUAAACAUGUAA